AUUGUAGCAUUCGGAAUAAUAAUGAACCGAUCCAAUCGUAGCGUUUAAAGCGUAGUGUUCACAGAACAUUUGGGAAAAGCAAGUAAAUCGCAGCCUUGAAUAGGUUCAUUACUGUUCCGAAUGCUACAAUUGCUACGUGAACGCUCCAGCUAACCCAUCUCCCGAGAUGAGGCAGUUAGAGCGAAAACGAUGACGAAUUGAUGACGUAAUCCGAGUUGCUGGGAGCGUUCCGGAGCAUCAAAUGAACCAGUCAUAUCAGUGCUACAAAUGCUCUGUAGCGUUUAAAGUGCUAAGUGGACCGCAGCCGGCGCAGCCCUGAACGCAUCCUACAAUUGAGAGUUGACAUUAGUUGAUUUGCGCGUGAAUCGUAAAAAGUUAAAUUAAAUAUUUAAAAGAUAAACAGCAGUGAUAAUAUAUAUAGCAAUAUACACGAUGACAACACAAGAGCUGAAGAGAAGUAAAAGAAAAAGCGCGCAGAAGGAAAGUGUAACGCAGGAAGAAAACAAGGCGGAAAAACCAAGUAAACCCGUUGAAUUGAAAUAUGGACCUAUUGUAUCUUUUCCACAUCAAAGAGUAUGGUCUAGAUGUGUUCUGAUACUUGGAGUCUUACUAAUAGUUUGGUGUACUAACAGACAGGAUAAAGAAGUAUACCUAGCAAAGCAGAAAGAUGUGUUGGUAAGCCGUACACAGAAUGUUGACUGCUCUAUGGAUUAUAACAAUGAAUUAGAAAAAUACUGUGGCUGUGUACCAGAAAAAUGCGGUAGAGUUGUAACUGACAAACUCGUCUCGACAACAGAAGCAGAUAUUUUACUGAAAGUAGCAAAAAGUGGAUUAUAUUGGUCUGAAUCUGAUGGUGGUGCGAAUAUUGUGCUUCUUUAUUCAGGUGCUUUUAGCAAGGACCAAGGUUUCGUCAAUAUCUAUGCAUCAGAAGUGAAGAAAAUAUUUAAUAGUCUAGAUACAGCAAUUUAUAAGGUAGUGGAAACAAAAAUACAACAUGCAGUAGCGCGUAAUUUCGGCAGAGAUAUAAAUAAGGUUUAUUUAAACAAACUUCUCUUCUUUUCGCGGAUGACUAAUAAAUCCGCAAAAACCAUAGACGACGAAUACUGGCAUCCACAUGUCGACAAGGAAUUAUACGAAUCGCUUCAUUACACAGUGUUGCUAUAUUUAAGUGAUUUUAAUAAAGAUUUUGAAGGUGGCCGAUUUAUAUUUAUGGAUAAGAAUGGUGUCAAUACUACAGUAGAACCCAGAAAAGCUAACACCGACGAUGCGAGCACCGGGUGCGGUUGUUGAAGGAAUAUAUCCAUUGUCGCGAGACAACUCUGCAUG